AUGGAGGAGAGCGAAACCAUAAAAGCAGCAACAUGUCCCAACAGUCUGGUAUUGGCAGUUAAUGGAGAAAGGUUUGAACUCCCAAGUGUUGACCCCUCCACCACUUUGCUCGAAUUCUUGCGCUCUCAUACUCGUUUCAAGAGUGUCAAGCUGGGUUGUGGCCAAGGUGGUUGUGGUGCUUGUGUUGUUCUCCUAUCUAAAUAUGACCCUGACCGUGAGCAAGUUGAAAAUUUCCCAGUGAAUUCAUGUCUAGUACUGCUUUGCAGCGUAAAUGGGUGUUCAAUUACUACAUCUGAAGGCAUUGGAAAUAGCAAAGAUGGGUUCCACCCAAUUCAUAAAAGGUUUGCUGGUUUCCAUGCCUCUCAAUGUGGCUUUUGUACUCCCGGAAUGUGUAUGUCGCUCUUCUCCGCACUUGUCAAUGCUGAAAAAAAAGAUCGGCCGGAGCCUCCCCCAGGAUUCUCCAAGCUUACUGUUUCUGAAGCUGAAAAGGCUAUAUCAGGAAAUCUAUGUCGAUGUACUGGAUAUCGUCCAAUUGCGGAUGCCUGCAAAAGUUUUGCUGCUGAUGUUGAUAUGGAGGACUUGGGGAUCAAUUCUUUUUGGAAAAAGGGUGAGAUUGGGGAAGUAAAAGAAAGUAGAUUACCUUUUUACAGUCCAAAUAAUCAGAAUUGUAUAUAUCCUGAAUACUUGAAAGAUGAAUUUAAGUCUGCAAUGCCGUUGGAUUCUAGAAGAUAUUCCUGGUGCUGUCCUUCUACUGUUGAGGAGCUUCAAGGCCUGUUGGAAAUCAAUUUGGCUGAAAAAGGUAAAAGGACAAGGUUGGUUGUUGGUAACACUGGGAUGGGUUAUUACCCAGAACUUCGACAGUAUGACAAAUACAUUGAUCUGCGGUACAUUCCUCAGCUCUCAAUGGUUAAAAGGGAAAGAACAGGAAUUGAAAUUGGAGCUGCGGUGACAAUCUCAAAAGCUAUAAUAUCUUUGAGAGAAGAAAACAAAGAUAAGUCAUGCUCAGAAGACAAUUUGGUAUUCCUGAAAAUUGCUGACCACAUGGAGAAGAUUGCUUCAGAGUCCAUCCGAAACUCUGCUACUGUAGGAGGAAAUUUGGUGAUGGCACAAAGGAAUUAUUUUCCUUCCGAUAUUGCCACAAUACUUCUUGCUGUGGGCACAACAGUUAGUAUAUUGACAGGUCUGAAAUAUGAAAAGCUUACAUUGGAGGAAUUCUUGGAGAGGCCACCGUUAGACUCCAGAAGUGUUCUUUUAAGUGUUCAAAUUCCCCACUGGAAGCAUGUGGAAAAUGGACAAUCAACUGAAACUGACUCUAAGUUGCUGUUUGAAACAUAUCGUGCAGCACCACGACCACUUGGAAAUGCAUUACCUUAUUUAAAUGCUGCUUUCUUGGCUGAUGUUUCUCCCUGUAAGACUGGAGUUGUGGUAAAUAAGGUUCAGUUGGCAUUCGGUGCUUAUGGGACUAAGCAUGCUAUAAGGGCAGGGACAGUUGAGGAAUAUUUAGAUGGGAAAACACUGAGUAUAGUUGUUUUAUAUGAAGCUCUUAAGUUAGUUAGAGCCACUGUGGUUCCUGAAGAUGGCAUUUCACAUUCUGAUUACAGGUCAAGCUUGGCGGUCAGUUAUGUUUUUGAGUUUUUUGGCCCCUUCAUUAAUGAGGGUGCUGUAAUGUCCAAUGGUUUAUUGGAUAGAUGUAAUGGUUCUUUGCUAGAAGAGAUGCCCAAGGUAAACAACAAUGGUGACCAUUUUGAUCUUACUGAAAGCCCAGCAUUGUUGUCAUCUGCAAAGCAGGUAGUGAUAUCAAGUAGAGAGUACCACCCAGUCGGUGAACCAAUUUCAAAAUCUGGUGCAGCCAUUCAAGCUUCUGGUGAAGCUGUCUAUGUGGAUGACAUUCCUUCACCAACAAACUGUCUUCAUGGGGCAUUCAUCUAUAGCACAAAACCUUUGGCAUGGGUCAAGGAUGUCAAGUUCAAGUCUAAGUCACUACCAAAUGGAGUCGCUGCUGUUAUUUCGUUUAGAGACAUCCCCAAAGGAGGGGAGAAUGUAGGAUCAAGAACCAUGUUUGGUUUCGAACCAUUAUUUGCUGAUGAUCUUACCAGGUGUGCUGGCCAGCCUCUUGCUUUUGUGGUUGCAGAUACGCAGAAGCAUGCAGAUAUGGCAGCAGACAUGGCAGUGGUUGAUUACGACUCUAAAGACUUAGAACCACCCAUCUUAACUGUUGAAGAGGCUGUUGAGAGAUCAAGCUUCUAUGAGGUUCCUCCUUUUCUGUAUCCAUCUCAUGUUGGUGACUUCUCGGAAGGAAUGGCUGAAGCUGACCACAAGAUUCUCUCCUCUGAGAUUAAACUUGGUUCACAAUACUACUUCUAUAUGGAGACACAAACUGCCUUUGCAGUCCCGGAUGAAGACAACUGCAUGGUGGUUUACAGUUCAAUUCAGUGCCCCGAGUUUGCACACACUGUAAUUGCAAGAUGUCUUGGUGUUCCUGCACACAAUGUCCGUGUGAUCACUAGAAGGGUUGGCGGAGGAUUUGGUGGCAAGGCCAUAAGAGCAAUGCCGGUGGCUACAGCAUGUGCACUUGCAGCACACAAAUUAUGCCGCCCAGUCCGGAUUUAUGUCAACCGCAAGACUGAUAUGAUUAUGACUGGAGGAAGACAUCCCAUGAAGAUAACCUAUAGUGUUGGGUUCAAAUCCAAUGGGAACAUAACAGCUCUACACCUUGAUAUAUUAAUCAAUUCGGGGAUGUUUGUAGAUAUAAGCCCCAUUAUGCCACUAAACAUAGUGGGUGCACUUAAGAAGUAUGAUUGGGGUGCUUUGUCUUUUGAUAUAAAGGUGUGCAAGACAAACCAUUCCAGUAAAUCUGCAAUGCGUGGCCCUGGGGAGAUGCAGGGAUCCUUUAUUGCUGAAGCUGUAAUAGAAGAUGUAGCAUCUAUGCUGUCAAUGGAAGUGGAUUCUGUCAGAAACCAAAAUCUUCACAAAUUUGACAGCCUCAAUGAAUUUUAUGAGAGUAGUGCUGGUGAUCCUCUGGAUUAUACCUUGCCUUCUAUAUGGGAUAAGUUAGCCAAAUCUUCAAGGUUUGCCCAAAGAAUUGAAAUGAUAAAAAAGUUUAAUAACUCUAAUAGAUGGCGGAAAAAAGGUAUAUCACGGGUUCCCGUUAUAAAUGAAGUGACAUUAAGACCAACCCCUGGAAAAGUAAGUAUUCUUUGGGAUGGGUCUGUCGUGGUAGAAGUUGGCGGUAUUGAGCUGGGUCAGGGGCUGUGGACGAAGGUAAAACAGGUGACUGCAUUUGCUCUCAGUUCAAUUCAGUGUGAUGGAACUGAAGAUCUCUUGGAGAAAGUACGGGUUGUGCAAGCAGAUACCUUGGGCUUAGUACAAGGGGAUUUACUGCUGGGAGCACUACAUCUGAAUCAAGUUGUGAAGCUGUUAGACUUUGUUGCAAUAUGUUGGUUGAAAGACUAA